GCCGCCUUUUGUAUAAAAGGAAGGAAAGCCAGUGCCCUCACGGGAUACAAGGCAAGGAGGCAGUACAGCAAGCACCACCAAACGAACACUCUCUGAAACAGGCCGUUGAAGAAAGGAAAGAAACAACAUGGCCGACGUCAAGGACUCCUGGGGGAAGCUGACGGCGUCUGGUUUUGAGGAUGCGGGCGAGAAAAUAUUUCUUGCGCUCCUAAAGGACGACGCCAUCAAGUCAAACUUCCCGAAGUUCAAGGACAUCCCGUACGGCUCCCUGCCGGGGAAUGCCGCCAUGCGUGCCCACGGCGCCAAGGUCUGCAAGGUGCUGGACUCGUUCAUCAAGGGUGACGACGGGGCCGCCACGAACGUCGGGAAGAUGCACAAGGGCCUGGGGAUGUCAAACGACCAGAUCGGCGCGAUGAGGGGUGCCCUUGUUACCGUGCUGGAGCAGUCCGGGCUGGGCGGUGCUGUGGGCGUGUGGGGAAAACUGUUCGACCGCUUCAUGGAGGUCCACAAGGCCGCCUACUGAGCGCCCCCUGGCGUGGCCUUCAAGAAACACAACGGACCCACUACUUGCCUUCUUACCUCCUUCUUACCUUGAGCCAUGUGUGUUGAUUUAAUGGUUCGAUGCAGUAGAGGGCUUCACGAAAAAAAACCCCAGCAAAAUAGUCUUUCUUCACGAGAACAAUAUGGGAGGAUAUCUUUCAAAUCCUAAGGACAGAACGGGCGUAAACUUAUGUGAUUUUUGCCUCGAAGUUUUAAUGAUAUAGCCUGGGUACCAU